AUGGAUGCUCCUCCAAACUUCGAAGAAGGCCAAUCUACUUACAGACCUCUAAGGUUUAAUGGUCAAUAUUAUGGAUGCUGGAAGACUAGGAUGCACAACUUUAUCAUGGCUGAAGAUUCUGAACUAUGUGAUGUCAUAUGUGACGGACCCUUUGUCCCUACCAAGAACCUUGGCGACCUAGCUGUAGCCAUCCCUAAGAAGAGAAUGAAUUCAAUGACGCUGAUCGAAUGGGCAUAUAAAAGAACUUUCGUGCAAAGAAAAUUCUUGUUUGUGGCAUUGGUCCUGAUGAAUACAAUAAGAUAUCAGCAUGUCAAUCAGCAAAAGAAAUCUAGGAGGCUCUUCAAAGAACUUACAUGGGAACAACAGGUGAAGCAAUCCAAGAUUGAUAUGCUCACAACUGAAUACAAGCUCUUCAGAAUGAAAGAUAAUGAAUCCAUCCAAGAUAUGCAUACUCGAUUCACCUCCAUUAUAAAUGAGCUUCACUCACUUGGUGAAAUUAUUUCGAGAAACAAGCUUGUCAGUAAAAUCCUUAGUGUACUGCUCAGUUCUUGGGAAAGCAAAGUAAAUGCAAUAACAGAGGCAAAGGACUUGCAGACACUGACCAUGGAUGAACUUAUUCCAGAAGAUGGUUCGCAGAAAUGGACCUCUAGCAAGCCAGGACACUUAAUCAAGGAUUGCCCUCUCCUAAAGCAAGAUCAGUAUAAUAACAACUUUAACAAAGCAGCCAAAAGAAAUCCGGUUCCUGAUAAACACUUCAAGAGAAAGUAUGACGCUGAUGAUAUUGUAAAGCAAGCUCUUGCUGUAUGGGGAGACUCCUCUAGCGAAUCUGAAGAUGAAAAUGAUCAUGGUGUUAGUUCAAUGUUGGUAGUGGAAAAUAAAGAAACUGAGUAUGAUUCAAUCUUUGCUUUGAUGGAUCAGUCUGAUGAUGAAGAUGACGACGAUGAUGAGGUAAAUUUUCUGGAUGUUAAGAGAAAUGUGAAAUCUUAUUCUCCUAAGAAACUCAUGUCUUUGGAAAAUGUAUUAAUUGAUGCUUAUCACAGUCUUAUAAAUGACAAAGAUGCUUUAAUAGUUGAACUAGGAGAAGCAAAACAGUCUAGAGAUGACCUUGUGGUAGUUGCAGUUGAUUUAAGGGAGACAAUUGAGAACCUGAAGAAAGAAAAAGAUGCCUUAGAUGAAAAAAUUGCAAAUGUAGAAUAA